CCUCGUCUCGAGUUCUCUUCCUCAGCACAGGCAGCAGAGCUCAUCGCACUCACGGAAGCAUGCAAACUGGCUACUGGUAAAACACUCACAGUCUACACUGACUCCAGAUAUGCGUUCGGUGUAACUCAUGAUUUUGGUGCCCUUUGGCAACACAGAAACUUCCUCACACAUCCUCUGGUAAAAAGAUAGCACACCAUGGUCUCAUCACAGAUCUUCUAUCUGCCAUUUUGCUCCCAAAAACGGUGGCUGUAUGCAAAUGUGCUGCACACACACGUGCUACGGAUGUGGUGUCUCGGGGAAACGCCAAAGCAGACACAAUGGGCUAAAGCUGCAGCUCGCUUACCACCUCCUCUUUCAAACAAACAAUUGGCUGCACUCACAUCUGACAUGUCCUCCUCUCUUUCUGCAGUACAGUCCACUGCUACUUCUCCUGAGAUCUCCCUAUGGAAGAAGUCCGGUGCUAUGUUCCGAGCUGGUGUGUGGUAUGGUCCUGACAACAAACCCUGUUUGCCAAAACAUUUCUUUCCCCAUUAUGCUAAGUUAUCUUAUGGCAAAGAUCACACAUCUAAAAUGGGGAUGUUAUCUAUGAUAUCAGAACAUUGGUUCACGAAAGGUUUCUCCACCUAUGCUCAAAAGUACUGUCAGGCAUGCGUAAUCUGCGCCACACACAACGUUGGCAGGCCAGUGGCUGUAACCAGCCAGGCAGCUCACCAACCACCUACUCGACCUUUUGAACAUCUGAUGAUGGACUUCAUAGAGCUGUCACCAUCAGAAGGUAAAUCUCACUGUUUAGUGAUGGUCGACAUGUGGUCAAAAUGGGUUGAAGCUUUCCCUGCCUCAAAACAAACCGCAAGUGUGGUCACCAAAGCAUUGUUAAGAGACAUUAUUCCACGAUGGGGAAUUCCUAGCAGGAUUUCCAGUGACAACGGCAGACACUUCGUAAACGAAGCUGUCAAACAACUCGGUUCUCAUCUAGGUAUGGAUGUGCGAACACACUGUGCAUAUCAUCCAGCCAGUGGUGGAGCUGUGGAACGAGAGAACGGCACACUCAAAACUAAACUUGCAAAGUGCUGUGAAGACACAGGUCUUGCAUGGACAGAAGUCCUGCCUCUGGUGCUGAUGUACAUGAGGAUGAGAAAACGAACAAGGUCUAAUCUUUCACCUUAUGAGAUUCUUUUUGCAACUCCUCCCCACAUUGGUGUGGCUCCUCCAUCUUCUCCGCUUCCAUCCACAGACUUGUGUGAUGAUAACAUGUUGUCUUAUUGUGCUAACCUAACUUCGUCUCUUUCAGACAUCAGGAGACAGGUGACCUCCUCCCUUCCUCAUCCAGCUACUGAACCGCUUCAUAACCUCCAGCCAGGCGACUUCGUGGUGGUCAAGGACUUCCGGAGAAAGAAUUAGCGCUCACGCAGGUGGCAAGGGCCUUACCAGAUACUGCUCACAACCUACACAGCCGUGAAAGUUGCUGAAAGAGCCACCUGGAUCCACGCCAGCCAUUGCAAACGAGUACCAUCUCCAUCGGACCAGCUGACGCCUUCAACUGAAAGCACACACACUGAUACUCUCCCUCCAGCUUGCGUAUGUGUUUCUUAGUGAUUUCACUAGACAAAAACAGCUAUUGCAAUUAUCCUUUCAACUUCAUAUUUUAUGAUGCCUUAAUUUAAAUCUCUGAAUUUUUAAGGUUGAUGUGUUACUUUAUGAAGUUUGUACAUACUUAAUAAUAUAUACAUACCACUUCUGUCCGUCCUGGGUGAGGAAUCCCUCACAUGUGGCUCUCUCUAAGGUUUCUACUUAUUUUUCACCCUGUGAAAAGGGUUUUUUGAGUAGUUUUCUUCCUUACGCUUUAUGAGGGUUAAGGGCAGAAGAUGUCACCCCAUGUUUAAGGCCUAUGAUAUUUUCAACCUUAGAUAUACUUUAUGUUGACAUUUAACGUUUUAUUACAUUUUAAUAUGAGUUACUUUUGCCAAUCAAUACAGUAUGUUACAUUUUGAUAAUGGUUAAUGAGAAAAUGAUUUUGUUUGACCUGAUUUCCUUCCAUAUUUUUUCAUUUUAAACGCUUGCUCCAUUACAGGAAAAUAACUUUUUUGGUUUCCUUUCCGCAAAAACAGCAACAGCUACCUAUUGUGGCCUCAUCGCCAGUGACUCUGUAUAUAGGAUUGCAGAUUCUAUGAUUUUCUUCUAUGAUUUGAUGUUUGUUACUGAUGUUGAUUAUGAUGUUUCUUGAUUAUUUUUCGUUAGUGAUCAUAUUUUUUAUUGAUGAUCAAAUGGGGGAGUGUAAUGGAAAAUAUCACUGACCAGUGUCUAAGGUAUUGGAAAUCCCCUUACUAAGUAUCUCACUGCUGUGAUACUGUCUACCUGACAGGAUGGAACCCUUAUUUGGUGAUGUUUUUCUUUAAUUGGUACCAGGGACGGUAGGGUGAGGUUUUUCAUCUAACUGGUACCGGGGACGGAAGGACACAGCAGAUAAGAUAGAGGAUGAUCUCGUGUCUUUCAUGUCUUCUUUUUUUUCAUAUCAUGUCUUAUGAAACGCCUCUUUGUAUAAGUUCUGGCUUCUGUGAACUUACAGUCAGUUGUUCCAUUUUGAGCACCCGUGCUCGCUGUGUAAACUCUGCAGAGCUUAUUAUUAUAAAGACUCAAAAGCAACUCCGGUCUGAGAAUUUCAUUAUUUCAAAUCUCAAGAUGAAUUUCCAUCACAUUAGUUACUUUUAUCAUCUAGAGCAUUGGUCGCCAACCCUUCCAUUGUGAUCUACCAGUCGAUCUCGCAGUCUUCACUGUCGAUCCCUGAACUCUCUGAACUCACUGUAAAUCAGCUGUGUGUCUGUUGUCUAUUGUUCAGACAGCAGAGUGUCUGCUAUUGGAGCUGCUGGUUUAUAUACUGCAUUGCCUUCGAAACAGGUUGUGUUAUGUACUAGACUAAACACCAGGACACUAUAGUGUGAAGACGCGCAUCUUUCGGUCUCAUGAUAAGAGUGUUGGAAAUACGUUUGUGUCAUAGAAAGAUAA